GAUGAUGAUGAUGAUGAUGACUAUGAAGAGAAGGAUGAUGAUGAUGAAGAGAAGGAUGAUGACAAGAAGGAAAAUGUUUUUUCCACCACUAGUGAGGAUGAAGAGGAGGAUUCAAUCCAGUUGUUUGACUUACACAGGAGAGCAGUGGACCAGGCCUUGAAGAGUGUGAAUGGACACCUGGACCUGUUCCUCCGCUUCCUUCUGGGUCUCUCACUGGAGUCCAAUCAGAAUCUGUUACGAGGCCUUCUGACACAGACAGGAAGUACAACACAGAGCAAUGAGGAAACAGUUGAGAGAACAGUCAGGUACCUUUCAGACAAGAUAGAGGAGGAACGUUCACCAGAAAGGAUCAUCAACUUGUUCCACUGUCUGAAUGAACUUGGUGCCAACUCUCUAGUUGAAGACAUGCAAACCUCCCUGCGAUCAGGAACUCUUUCAGAAACAAGACUAAAACGUGACCAAUGUUCAGCCCUGGCCUACCUGUUACUGAUGUCAGAGGAGGUGCUGGAGGAGUUUGACCUGAAGACAUACACCACAUCAGAGGAAGGUUAUCAGAGGUUGCUGCCGGUAGUGAAAACCUGCAAGAGAGCACUAUGCCUGUCAUCUCACCCUGGACCCAAAUACAGCAAACCCACACCUGAUACUGUCUGA